AUGCAGACUACUUCUACAAACAUUUGUGAAAGACUGUGUAAUAAGUCCAUCCAUGAAAUUUCCUUACUAGUAAAUAUUCCAUGGUCAACUGUUAGUGGUAUUAUAACAAAGUGGAAGCAACUGAGAACAACAGCAACUCAGCCACGAAGUGGUAGGCCAUAUAAAAUUACAGAGCGGGGUCAGCGCAUGCUGAAGCAGGCAGUGUGCAGAAGUUGCCAAAUGUCUGCAAAGUCAAUAGCUAAACACCUACAAACUUCGUGUGGCCUUCAGAUUAGCACAACAGUGCAUAGAGAGUGUCAUAGAAUGGGUUUCCAUGGCCGAGCAGCUGCAUCCAAG